AUGGACGAAGUCAGAGAUAAAAUGAAGGGUCUGAUGAAGAAAGUCAACAAGCCGUUCUCCAAUUCAACGUCGGGAAAAUUCAAGGGCCAGGGAAGAGUCUUGGGAUCUUCGUCGUCUUCUUCAACCGCUCACUCCCACCCAUUAUCGUCUUCAUCGUCUUUGCUUAAUCCCAAGCCUUUACCCGCCAAGCCUUCGCCUCCGCCUCCGCCUCCGCCUCAAAAGGUUAGCGAUGUAUAUCAGCAGAAAUCUCAGACAAGAAACCUCGAGAAACCGCCGAAAUCGGAAUCAAGCGAGAAGCCCGACAACAAAUUUGAUCCGUUCAGUUCACUGAUUACUUCCGGUAAGCGGAACCCUAAUGGGUAUUCUUUGCAAGUGUUUGAGUGCCCGGUCUGUGGUGAAGCGUACACCUCGGAGGAGGAGGUUUCUGUCCACAUCGAAUCUUGUUUGAGUACGGUGAAUUCUGAAAACGAAACUUGCACUAAAAGAUCGGACGGGCUUGAGAAUCAACUGGAGACCUGUGUGAGUUCUUAUAUAUCCGGGAAGCCGAGCGAUGGUUCGAAGGAGGUUGUGUUUAGACUUUUGAAGAAUGUGGUGAAAGAGCCGGAUAAUGCAAAGUUUAGGAAGAUAAGAAUGGGAAAUCCAAAGAUAAAAGAGGCGGUUGGGGAUGCUCCUGGGGGGAUAGAGUUACUAGAGUGUGUUGGGUUUGAUCUUAGAGAGGAAAAUGGGGAAAUGUGGCUCGUUAUGGAUGAUCCUUGUAGAGAGCAUCUCGGGUUGGUUGAAACCGUGAUAUCAUUGCUAGACCCAAACAGUGUUAAAGAGUUGCCGCCGGUUGCUGUAAAGAAGGUAGAACAGUUGUUGGUUGCUCCAGCUAAGGUUGAGGAAGAAACUAUUGAGCCGAAGCAAGUUGACCGACAGAUUCGAGUUUUCUUCUCUGUUCCUGAGAGUGUCGCUGCAAAGAUCGAGCUGCCUGAUUCUUUCUAUAACCUUACGGCUGAAGAACUGAAAAGGGAAACUGAUACAAGAAAGAAGAAGUUGGAAGAAUCUAAGCUUCUAAUUCCCAAGUCCUACAGAGAAAAACAGGCAAAAGCUGCAAAAAAACGUUAUAAGAAGACUGUGAUUAGAAUACAGUUUCCUGAUGGUGUAGUACUUCAAGCUAUCUUUUCACCAUGUGAGUCUACUGGAGCUAUCUAUGAGUUUGUAAGCAAUGCACUGAAAGACCCAAGCCUGGAGUUCAACCUUCAACAUCCUGAUCUAAUCAAGCGUCGAUUGAUCCGUCGUUUUCCCACAAGUGGGGAAAAAGCACCGACACUUGAGGAUGAGGAUUUGGUGCCCACGGCCCUUAUUAAGUUCAGGCCAAUUGAGACAGAUGAUGUUGUUUUUACGGGCCUGCGUAAUGAGCUUCUUGAAAUAAGUGAACCCCUCGUGUCUGGUUCAGCUGUUCCUUCGUCUUAA